AUGAUUUUAAAUUAUAAUCCUCCUCAACUCUAUUCAGACACUAUUGACCCUAAGAUAGGGCUGAUUAAUGAGAAAACAGACACUGUUGAAUCUCUUCCUAGAUCAGUUGAAUUUUUAGUAAUUUUGAAUAAAUCUCCUUAUUAUAUUUUCAAUUAUUUCAACAAUCUCAGCAAAGAUUCAAUCGAGAACAUCAAGUGGAUAUCAAUUCAUAACUGCGAAUUGGAUGCUUGGCCAACAAUUAGUUCGACAAACCUUCCUUUCAAAGAACUUCUUGGAAUUGAUUUACGCACAAAUAAAUUUUUCGAUUUUAACGCCUUUUCUUCUUUACUCGAUGAUAAAAUCACUCCAAAAUUACGCUAUUUCAACAUAUUAGACAAUCCUGUAUCAGAAAACACCGACAAUUGCUUUAACGAAAUCUUCAGAGCUCGGAGCGGCUUAAUACAAAUCAAUAAAAUCCAAGUUGUACCUAAUCAUUUCAGAAUUUUUCAACAAUUAAAGAAAAAUGAAAAUUUAGCAAAAUUACAGGUUAAAGCAGCCAUUAGAUCAAUUCCAGAAGAUUACUAUGUCAUAGAUAACACAAUUCAAGGAAAUUUUUUUUUAUCAAAGUUAACUUUUCUUGAUCUAAGCGGAUGUGGUAUAUUAGUUUUUCAUCUUAAACUUUUCCCUAAUUUGAAGUGUCUUAUUCUUCGAGACAACGAAGAUUUGGAAAAAAUCAUUUUACCUCGAAAUUACAACAGUUUGAAAUACCUAGACUUAACAAACUGCUCCAAUGCUCUAAAAAUCAAAAGUUUUUUACUUAGUAAAUUAUCAAGAAUUUCAAUUAUUACAAAUGAAACAGAAAACACACAAAAUACAGAUGUUUCUAGUCAACAGAAUGAUCUACAUAGGCAUCUUAUUGCUGAAACAAUUCCAGAAACACCUAAAAAUACUGAAUUUAUUCUAGAAAGACCAAAAAGUCCGAAAAAGCAAAAUUCAACCGAGAAUAUUACAAAACCAAUUGCUGUGAGAACUCCAGAACCAUACGAAUGCUAUGAUUCGUCAAAUCUAGAAAAUAAUAAUUUUUUGCAAGAUAAUUUAUUCAAAGAGAUGCUGUCGAGGAUAUCAUUUGUAGUAUUCACCAAUAAAGAGAAUAAAGUCACUGCAAUUAACUCAAUAAUUGAAGAAGGAACAUUUGUUAGCGAAAAAGAGUUUCUUAACAAGUCAACAAUAUAUUCCCAGUCUAAAGCGCCGAAGCCGUCAUGCGAAUUCAUCGUUUGCAAGGGAAGUAACCCAAGAUUUUUAUUAAUCAAGAAAUACUUGGAACAAAAAUGCGGAAUGGAGAUAGAUCCUCAGGCAUGGUCCGAAUAUACAAUGAAUAAUGUAAGUUUCGAGUUAAUGGAAGAAAAAAGAUUUAAAGGCUACAGAUACGCACCAUUUAACUUUAACUUACAAUUACUAUUCAUCAGAAAGCUAUAUCUCGCUAAUUUGGGACUCGGAGAUAGUGAUUUGAAGAUGAUUUCGGAUUCUUGUCCUUUCUUGGAACAUCUUGACUUAAACGGAAACCAGAUACAAAAAGUGGACUUUAACGGUACCGUUCUUGAUAGGUUGACCUAUUUGGACCUCGGAAAUAACUCAUUAGUUGAAGACAAGGCAAAUCCGAUUACAAAUGAACUGAAGCGCCUUAAGUCUCUUAAAUUCUUGGUCAUUGAAGCGAAUUUUACAAAAGAUCUCCAAAAAUUUUUCCAAGAUUUCAGAGGAAUCAAGAAAAUAAACAACACGUACAAUCCUUAUCCACUAUCUCCACCAGAAAUGUACGCUGUGAAGAAACUGGAUAUGAAUCCGAAUAAUAUGACUGAUAUCAAGAACAGAAUCACCAAAGAAUCGAUGGAAGUGGCUCCAUUGAACUCAUACCUCACAAUACUUAACGACCAAUUCACUUUUAAAGACGACAUUUUUGGACAUUCCAAAUCAGCCAAAACUUUGGAAGUUUCCAAGAUCACGUCACUUCUAGACUACAUUCUUAUGUUCUUUGAGAAGGCACAGUUCAUCAGAUACUUCAGUUCUUCGACGGAUUGGUCGAAAUAUCCGAAAUACAUCCAAGGCAUCACAUUCACAUUGUUUACGUAUAUCAAUCAGAUUUUCUUGUUUUUGAGGAGCAUCAGACUUGUUUUUCCACUUGAUAAUUUUAUUGAAUUCUUUUGGUACGGAUUGAUUCCACUUUUCAUGAUGUGGUUCAUGCAGAAGCACAUUGCACACGUGAAACUGACGAAAUUCAACUCUUUAGGCUGGCAUUUGACGUUUUCAUUUGCAAUUUUACUGAUUCUGGUCAUAAAUGAGUUCACUUAUGAUUUCAUUGUCAAAGGAGUUAAGUUUAGAUACCAAUAUAUAUGGUGGAUCAUCUUUGAUUUGGCUAUAAGCUUAAUAACUUUCCUUUUGUCAAGAAAAAUCACUGUUAUGAUGGAUACAUCCGAAAUUCGUAAGUUGUCGAACAUAAAAGAACAGAUUUGUCUGGCUUUUAUCGUUUUGAUGCAAUUUCCAAGUAUGGAAUUCAUGUUUCGGAACAUGAAAUGCAGCAAUGGAUACUACCAAGACUUUCCAAGUGUUGACUGCUCAUGGAAACUGAUGCCUUCUUAUGCAAUUAUAUUUUUAUUAUUUAAUUGCUUCUGUUACUACUGGUUCUUCAUCAGUACGAUCCAGAAUAUCCAUUCCAAUGCCCACAAGAACUUGGAGCUGUCAAAUAAAGACAGUUAUUGGAAAUCAAUCUGGCAUUACUCCAUUGAUGAGAUUUUUGAGAAACUUUCAUUAUGUGGAACAUACAGUAAUGAAAGAUACUUGAGAUUGAAGGAUAAUUUUAAGAAUUACAAUGAUUUAAUUAAUUCUCAUUAUAAUCCUGCUAAAAAUCUCUCAGAAGGAAGAAGUUUCGCUUCCAGUUGGUUCAUUAUCCUCGAAUUCACCUACAGAUUGUUAGUUUCCAUUGAUGAUUUCUUCGGAUUGAAAUCAAUUUUCACUUUGAUUUCAACUAUGGUAAUUUUCGUGAUCUAUAUACUCAUCCCAUCAAAGUCGAAUUACUACGAAAGGUGGACAGAUAUCAUUUUCACUCUUGGAACACUCUUCAUGUCAUUUUCCACAAUUUUCGGCGAUUUCAAGCAUCCAUCUGCUUCGUCAUACACAUUGAUUGCUGCUGUGGUCGCUUGGAUCAUUGCUUACGCUGUGAUGCUGAUCGGACUGAUUAUUAGCUUCCUCCCAACAAGAUUGAAGAAUGCUAACAGCUGGGCUACUGAUAGAUGGUACACAGGUGCCAAACCUUACGAAUAA